CUGGUGUACAAUCUGACUCUCAUCGAGCUGGAGGAGCAGCAAAGACUGACGUGGUAUUCCAAUGAGAACGACGCCAACAUGUGCGUGGUGAAGGGCAAGGACGAGGAGAUCUGUCAAAACUACAUCAGGAUCAUGGCGAAGACCACUGCGGGCCGGUUAUUGCUGUGCGGCACCAACGCCUUUAAGCCCAUUUGCAGAGAAUACACCAUCCUUAAUAAAAAUUACACCGCGGAGAAGGAAAAACCCGGCCAGGCGGUCUGUCCGUAUGAUCCUCAUCAUAACUCAACGGCGAUUUAUGUCGAUGGCGACCUGUACACUGGGACCGUGGCCGAUUUCAGCGGGAUGGACCCCAUUAUCUACCGGGAACCUUUACAGACGGAACAAUACGACUCGAUGAGUCUCAACGCUCCCGACUUUGUCGGCUCCAUGGCACAGGGCGAUUUCGUCUACUUCUUCUUCAGGGAGACGGCCGUCGAAUAUAUCAAUUGCGGAAAGGCGGUGUACUCCCGAGUGGCGCGCGUGUGCAAGAACGACAGAGGUGGGCCGCACCGCUUCAGGAACCGGUGGACGUCCUUUUUAAAAUCCAGGCUAAACUGUUCCGUGACGGGGGAGUUCCCCUUCGCCUUUAACGAAAUACAAUCCACGACGGAUCUCAUCGACGGCAAGUACGGCGAUGUGUCCGCUCAGCUCAUCUACGGCACCUUCACCACGCCGCCGAACAGCAUCUCCGGCAGCGCGGUGUGCGCUUUUAGCUUGCAGGACAUCACCGACACCUUCGAAGGGAAUUUCAAGGAACAAGCCGCCAUCAAUUCCAACUGGCUGCCGGUCCUUAGCAAUAAGGUGCCGGACCCGCGGCCCGGUCAAUGCCACAACGACAGCCGGACGCUGCCGGACCUCACUUUGAAUUUCAUCAAGACUCAUUCCUUGAUGGAUGAGAGCGUGCCCAGCUUUUUCGGGCAACCCAUUGUGAUCAGAACUAGUUUCCAUUACCGCUUUACACAAAUAGCAGUGGAUCCACAAGUAAAAGUACCUGGAGGGAAAACCUAUGACGUUCUCUUUAUUGGAACAGACAAUGGAAAAGUUAUUAAAGCUGUCAAUGGAUUAUCAGCCGACUCCCGUCACGGGGUACGACCGGUGGUUGUAGAAGAAAUUCAGGUUUUUCCUGCACACGUUCCCGUUCGUACGGUCAAGAUAAUGAAGGGUCGAACUGGUGGAAAGGAAGAAACAAGACUGAUUGUCGUGUCAGACACCGAAGUGCAGUCGUUGAGAGUUCAUAGAUGCGACAGCAAUAAAAUAUCCAGUUGCAGUGAAUGUGUAGCUCUCCAAGAUCCUUACUGCGCCUGGGACAAGGUCCAAGGCAAGUGCAGAUCCAAAGGAUCGGGAAGAUGGGGUGAAGAAAGCUACUUCUUCCAGAGCGUCGCAACAGGGGAACACACGGCAUGUCCCCCACCCAAAUUGGGAAAAGACGCUGGUUCAGUCGGGGGCUUAAGUUCAAGUCAGCCCAAGUACAAUCCUGAUCAUCCAACCAAAGAUUUGCCCGACGGGCAAGUCAUUAAUAUCAUUCAAGAUAAACCAUAUGAAAGUAGUGGGCCUGCUGUAACUGCCGCAGACACUUUACCUGCGCAUUAUUCUGUCGAGACGCUUAUUAUGGCUGUGGUGGCUGGAUCUGUAUCCGCCUUAGUUGUAGGCUUCUUCGCCGGAUAUCUUUGUGGCAGAAAGUGCCACAAAGACGAAGACGACAACUUACCAUAUCCGGAUACUGAAUACGAAUAUUUUGAACAACGGCAAAAUAUGAAUAGUCGGAUAGCAGCUGAGCCAAAAUUACUUCCACAAGAAGAGGUGACAUACGCGGAACCAGUUCUGGUACCUCAGCCUCCACCCAAGCUACACUCGCCAAAGAAUACACUACGUAAGGGGCCACAUCAGAACAACGCUGAAACCCUCUUCCAAUUUCAGACUGAUGCUGGCUAUAACGGCCGUGACAAUUAUAGAGGUCGGGACAAUUUCGGCACUCUGCGAUCCCAUCAGUCUUGGGGUUUCAGGCACCCUUAAAUUAUCAGUUGUUGCAGGGUGACAACUACAGGCGAGGAGAUGGCUUUGCAACAACCCGCAGCGUCAAAA